AACUCGCCUGGCGGCACACCCAGGCGCUGCUGCUUCUUACAGCUCCUUGCUGGAGCCCGCUUCCACUUACUCCGGGUCCCGGGCCCCGCGCGCCAUGUGCCUCCCCGGCGGGCCGAGCGCGCCGCCGCCGCUGCUCCUGCUGCUGCUAUUGCUGGGUCCACCUGCGGCUCAGGGUGACUGCAACAUUCCCCCAGAGGUACCUAAUGCCCAACCAACUUUGGGAGGUCUCUCGAGUUUUCAUGAAGGAAGCACAGUAACAUACAAAUGUAAUGAAGGCUUUGUAAAGGUUCCUGGCAGGGCCGACUCAGUGGUCUGUUUCAACAAUAAAUGGUCAGAGGUGGCAGAAUUCUGUAACCGUAGCUGUGAUGUUCCAACCAGGCUACUUUUUGCAUCUCUCAAAAAGUCUUUUACCAAACAGAAUUAUUUCCCAGCGGGUUCCAUUGUGGAAUAUGAAUGCCGACCUGGCUUCCAAAGGGACCAUUUUUUCUCAGGAAAACUAACUUGCCUUCAGAAUUUUACAUGGUCCAAACCAGAUGAAUUUUGUAAAAAAAAAUCAUGUCCUAAUCCUGGAGAUUUAAGACAUGGUCAUGUCAGCAUACCAACUGACCUAUUAUAUGGUUCAUCUAUCUCCUUCUCAUGUAACGAGGGGUACAGGCUAGUUGGUGAAACUUCUAGUUACUGUUCCCUUGUAGACAAGGAUGUUGGGUGGAGUGAUCCAUUUCCGGAAUGCCAAGAAAUUUUUUGUCCAGAACCACCAGAAAUUAGCAAUGGAUUCAUUCUGGAUCCACGGAACACUUAUGUGUAUCAACAGACUAUAAAAUAUAGAUGUAAUGAAAGCUUCACCCUGAUCGGAAAGAACUCUAUUUAUUGUACUGUUAGAGGUGACCAAGGAGAAUGGAGUGGCCCGCCACCUGAGUGCAAAGGUUCUCAGAUUCCUAAGGUCACACCACCAGCUCAGAAAUCCACCACAGUAAUUGGAUCAGCUACAAAGCCCACAUCAACUCCUCAGAAACCUACCACAGCAAAUGUUCCAAGUACCAAAGCUACAUCAACUCAGAAACCCAGUACAGCAAAUGUUUCAGGUACCAAAGUCCCAUCAACUCCUCAGAAACCCGACACAAUAAAUUCUUCAGCUGCGGAAGGCCUACCAACUCCUCAGAAACCCACCACAGUACAUGUUUCAGCUACAAAGACCCCAUCAACUCCUCAGAAACCUGACACAAUAAAUUCUUCAGCUGCAGAAGCCAUACCAACUCCUCAGAAACCCACCACAGUACAUGUUUCAGCUACAAAGACCCCAUCAACUCCUCAGAAACCCACCAGAGCAAAAGAUUCAGCCACAGCCAAAAAAUCCCCCAUAUCAAAUGCUCUAUCUACAGAGACCCCAUCAGCAGCCCAGAAUCCCAUCAUGGCAAAUGCGUCUGCUACACAGGCCAUGCCAGUAACCCAUAGAUCCACCACAGCGAAAGCUUCAUUUACACGGAGUCUUCCAGCAACACGAAAGUCCACUAUUAUCCAUGCCCCAGUGACUAAGGGUCUCCAUACAACAAAAAGAUUGACCUCUGCUCAUAUUACAGCAAAACAGAGUUCCGCUACUCCCAAGACAACCAGCACACCUAAUGGAAAAGGGACCGUCUCCUCAGAUGCUGCCAUCAUUGCAAUUGGACUUGUUGCUGGUACUGUAAUUGGUACCCUAAUUCUAGUCAAAAUUUUCUGGCACUAUGGAAAAUCAGGCUCUUAUUACACUCAUGAAAACAACAAAGCACCCCAUGUUAUGUUUCGUAAUUUGACUGGUGACCCCUCAGAAGUAAGACCUUGUGGUAAAUCGUAAAAGGACACACAUGUAUAACACUGACAGUCUUGUGUAUGAUGCUAGUAACCAUUGGCUAGCUGAUUUAGCCGAAGAAGAGCUAAGAAGAAAGUGCACAUGAGUAUGCAGAAUAUUUCUAGUUCUUAGACUUUCUGGAGGAGUGGACAAAAUAAAUGUAAUAGUGCUCUUCGUUUUGCCUACUAUCAUUGUCUUUAAGGUGCAUAGGAAAAUCAAUGAAGCAAGGAGAAGCGAGUCUGUCCUGGGACACUCCCAAACCUCUUGAAAAUAGAACAACUUGCAAGAUUUAGAGUGAUUACUUUCCUCGAAGUGUAGGAAAGUGUAGAGGUUUGUUCAUACUUAGAACAUGAGCAUGAA